GAUUAUGAUGCAACAACAAGAAGCAUGGUGCGGCUGCGGUUACUGUGUAGCCUAUAUAGAUACAGUUUCAUAAAAAUAGAUAUAGUUGUGGUGCGAUGUUUCUUUCGGCAGUAGGGUCAGCCGACAGAUCGCCUGAGCACCGUCGACCAAUGAGAGAGUGCCACGUCACAGCGCAGAGCGCACUUAGGUACACGUUGUCCUGACCAUCCUAGACCUUGGCGGGCCAGCGUCAAGCGUCAAUUUCAAAUUGGCACAGUCGCGUCGCGUGUCACCGGGUGUAGUGAGUGCAUAACGUGCCACACAAAUGUCUACAACUCACAAGGAUUACGGUUGUUAACAGUGCUUCCGAUUUGUUUCACUAUCAUUAUUGUGGACUCUGAUAAGGCUUGAAAUAUGGCACCAAAUAUCACUAGUGCUCCAACUGGAGUAUUGUUUGAGAACGACACGCUGGAAGCCGACAUUCCGCCAGUGGAGACAUUCAAUGGCGUCGGCAAGAAGCCCGAACAGAAACCAUUCAAAGUGAAGCUGGUGUGGAGAAAUAUUCUACUAUUCGUCUACCUUCACGCUGCUGCCCUCUAUGGAGCAUACCUCAUGGUCACCGCUGCAAGGUUUUACACAGGAAUUUGGGCCACAAUCCUGUACAUGUGCUCAGGAUUUGGAAUCACAGCAGGAGCGCACAGAUUAUGGGCACAUCGUUCCUACAAGGCAAAUUUCCCCCUCAGGCUGAUUCUCGUGGUUUUCAACACACUUGCCUUUGAGAACCAUGUCUACGAAUGGGCCAGAGAUCACAGAGUGCAUCACAAGUACUCUGAAACCAACGCCGAUCCCCACAACGCCAAGAGAGGUUUCUUCUUCUCGCACAUUGGCUGGCUGUGCUGCAAGAAGCACCCUGAUGUCCUCGAGAAGGGAAAGGGAAUCGAUAUGAGCGAUUUGGCUGCCGAUAAGCUCCUCAUGUUCCAGAAGAAGUACUACCUGCUUCUGAUGCCUUUGAUCUGCUUCUUCCUGCCGACUGUCAUCCCGGUGUACUGCUGGGGCGAAUCGUGGAAGAACGCGUGGUUUGUGGCCACCAUGUUCAGAUACACCUUCACCCUCAACAUGACUUGGCUGGUGAACAGCGCCGCGCAUCUCUGGGGUCAGCGACCAUACGAUCAAUUCAUCAACCCGUCGGAGAACCUGGGUGUGUCAGUGGGCGCCCUGGGCGAGGGCUGGCACAACUACCACCACACGUUCCCCUGGGACUACAAGACGGCCGAGCUGGGCAACUACCGCACCAACUUCACGACCGCAUUCAUCGACUUCUUCGCCAUGAUCGGCUGGGCCUACGACCUCAAGACCGUGCCCAUGUCGAUGAUCGCCAAGCGAGUGAAGCGCACCGGAGACGGCAGUCAUCCCCACCACCACCACUCGCACGAGGGCGACGUCUGGGGCUGGGACGACAAAGACAUGAAGCAGGAGGACAAGGACGACGCACUAGUCACACACAAGAGGGACGCCGCCGCCGCCAAGGACAAAUGAGAAUUUUCGACUGAUCAGCUGUUAUUUAGUAUUUAACAAAGCUCCAUCGCGCAACUCAUUUUGCUCAAUCAAAAUUUGUAGGUAGUUGUCGAUUAUAAUGAUUUAAUAAUUGUAAAAUUUUGACAAUAAACAGAAAAUACAGUAAACGUUUGUAGGACGUAAUUGAAAAUUUAUCACAUAAUAUUGUUAUAUAUACAGUAGAUCUAUUAGGCUACAUAAUAUUGUUCUAUAUAAAGUAAAAUAGAGCUAGAAAAAUUCAUUGGGAGCUGGUGAAAAAUUAAUAAUCCAAAUAAUUUCCCAAAUUUGACAAUUGAGACUCAUAAUAUUGUUUUACACUUAUAGUAAAAUAUAGUUUAAAAAAUUGUUGGUAGCUGUUAGAGAAUUGAUAAUCCAAAUAAUUGGCUAAAUAGAGCGCACCAAACAUUUGUAGGCUGUCUUUACAAAUUUAAUACAUGGUUAUCAAAUAAUACCGAAUAAUUGACUACAGAUUAAAAGACCAAAACAAAAUUAGUGUUGUGUUUAGUCGUUGUCAUAUUGUUUGUUGAUACUGUACUAUUAACAGUAAAAUAAUUACUUUUUUCUACUAAUUAUAUUAUUGGCAAAAAUAAAUAAAACACAAAGACGAGAUUUGUAUGUAGUUGUUACAAAUUAAAUACACAAUAAUUGUGCAAUUGACAAUAAAAUGAAGACCAAGUCACAUUAAUUUAUUUUUGUAUAUAACUGUUAAGAUUCCAUAAAUAGUUUUUAGGUUAAAUUUGUGAUUGUUAAGUUAUGAAUGAAGAAUGACUGUGAAUGUGCGUGAGUGAGUGAAGUGCGAGUGUUCGUAUUUGUAAAUAAGAAGAGAUUAGUGAGGCGUAGUAUUUGAAAAUAUGGCGGAAAUAUAAAAUUGAAUUAUUCAUCUUGUUAAUGGAAUUCAAUUGGUAACAACUUAAUAAUUAUUAUUGAUGAAAUGAUAGUUGAAAGUUGAAAAUUCUCAUAUGUUAUAAGUCUGCUCUCCUUGUCAUUGGUUGUACGACGGUUCUGAUAUAAAAUUGAGAUUUACAGAAUCUCGAUAAAAUUGUUUUAAAUACUUUAAAAGUACCUAAAAUUAAAAAAUGAUAGUACACUAUUAUUUAAAAGUAGUUCGUGCAUGAUAUAGUUUACAUUAGUUUAUAUUGUUGGUGAAUAAAAUUUACACAGGUUGUUGAUAAAACAUUGAAAUUGGAAAUUACUUUGUUGCAAUCACAGGAUGAUCAUAGUUUUAUUCUAGGAAAAUUAAAUGUUUAAAUAAAACAGCACAUCACAGAAAAGUGUUGUUAGAGAAAGUGAUCAGUCAUUUUAGGAGUUAAUUUAUCACUAUUUUGUUAUCUAUUUGUAUUAUUUGAUUGGAGAAUACAUUUUGUUACAUCUA